AUGGAGAUACGCGAGGAGUCACUAGAUACGGACAAGCUAGAAGCUGUAGGACUUGAUGAGGUGGCCCUGCCCGGAGCUGCUACUGACCUGCUUCUUGCCUGGAAUCCCAUUUGUUUGGGGUUGGUCGAAGGUGUGAUCGGGAAAAUCCAACUUCAUUCAGACCUCCCAUGGUGGCUUAUCCUAAUUCGGCAGAAGGCAGUGGUGGGCUGCCUCCCGGGAGGCCAUGAGGUCUGUAAAGUGACCAAAAUCGCCGUCCUUUCGCUUUCGGAAAUGGAGCCGCAGGAACUCGAGCUCGAGCUCUGUAAGAAGCAUCACUUUGGAAUUGAUAAGCCGGAGAAGAUCGUCCCCUCUCCUGAUGACUCCAGGUUUCUGCUGAAGACCUUUACGCAUAUUAAGUCCAAUGUGGCAGCGCCUAAUAAGAAGAAGGUGAAGGAAAGCAAGGAGAAGGAGAAGCUGGAGAGGAGGUUGCUGGAGGAGCUGCUGAAGAUGUUCGUGGACUCGGAGUCUUUCUACUACAGCUUGACCUAUGACCUGACCAACUCAGUGCAGCGGCAGAGCGCAGGGGACAAGGACGGCCGCCCCCUCUGGCAGAAGGUUGAUGACAGAUUCUUCUGGAAUAAAUACAUGAUACAAGAUCUUACUGAGAUUGGUAUACCAGAUGUGAACUUCUGGAUCCUCCCCAUUAUCCAAGGUUUUGUGCAGAUUGAAGAACUCGUGGUUAAUUACAAUGAAGCUUCCGACGAUGAGAAGAGUAGCCCCGAGACCCCCCCUCAGGAGUCCACCUGUGUAGAUGACAUUCACCCACGCUUCCUAGUGGCUCUCAUAUCUCGCCGAAGCCGGCACAGAGCAGGAAUGCGCUAUAAACGGAGAGGCGUUGAUAAAAAUGGAAACGUUGCAAAUUACGUGGAGACUGAGCAGUUAAUUCACGUUCAUAAUCACACCCUAUCAUUUAUUCAAACACGAGGCUCAGUGCCUGUGUUUUGGAGCCAGGUUGGAUAUCGAUAUAACCCAAGGCCUCGACUGGACAAAAGCGAAAAGGAGACUGUUGCCUGUUUCUGUGCCCAUUUCGAAGAACAACUGAAAAUUUACAAAAAACAGGUUAUCAUUAACUUGGUGGACCAGACAGGGAGAGAGAAAGUCAUCGGUGACGCAUACCUGAAGCAAGUGUUACUCUUCAACAACUCCCACCUCACUUACGUUUCCUUUGAUUUCCACGAGCACUGCCGAGGAAUGAAGUUUGAGAAUGUGCAGACGCUGACAGACGCCAUCUCUGACAUCAUCCUUGACAUGAAGUGGUGCUGGGUGGAUUGUGACGGGGUGAUAUGUAAGCAAGAGGGGAUCUUCCGGGUGAACUGCAUGGACUGCCUGGAUCGCACCAACGUGGUCCAAGCCGCCAUCGCACGCGUGGUCAUGGAGCAGCAGCUGAAAAAACUCGGCGUGAUGCCCCCGGAGCAGCCACUGCCAGGGAAGUGCAAUCGGAUUUACCAGAUCAUGUGGGCCAAUAAUGGCGACUCCAUCAGUAGGCAGUACGCUGGGACAGCCGCGCUCAAGGGUGACUUCACAAGGACCGGGGAAAGGAAGUUGGCGGGAGUCAUGAAAGACGGCGUCAACUCAGCAAAUCGGUAUUACCUGAACCGGUUUAAGGAUGCUUACCGGCAGGCCGUCAUAGACUUGAUGCAAGGCAUCCCCGUCACCGAGGAUCUGUAUUCCAUAUUUACCAAGGAGAAAGAGCACGAGGCCUUGCACACGGCAAACCAGAGGAGCCACCAGGAGCUGAUUAGCCAGCUCUUACAGAGUUACAUGAAGCUGCUGCUGCCCGAGGACGAGAAGUUCCACGGGGGCUGGGCCCUCAUUGACUGCGAUCCCAGUCUCACUGACGCCACUCAUCGGGAUGUCGAAGUGUUGCUUCUGCUGUCCGACAUGGCUAUUUACAUCGCAUAUUACGACGAUGAAGUUGAUAAAGUAAACCAGUAUCAGCGACUAAGUCUAGAAGACCUGGAAAAAAUAGAAAUAGGUCCAGAGCCCACCCUUUUUGGUAAGCCCAAGUUCUCCUGCAUGCGAUUACACUACAAGCACAAAGACACCAGUGGCUAUUUCCACACGCUGAGAGCUGUGAUGCGCAACCCGGAAGAGGAUGGAAAAGACACCCUGCAGUGCAUCGCAGAGAUGCUGCAGAUCACCAAGCAAGCCGUGGGGCCGGAGGUGCCUAUAAUUGAGAAGAAACUUGAACGGAAGAGCAGCAAACCUCACGAAGACAUCAUUGGUAUCAGAUCUCAAAACCAAGGCUCUUUGGCCCAAGGAAAGAACUUCUUAAUAAGCAAGUUUUCAUCCCUCAAUCAGAAAGUUAAGCAGACGAAAUCCAACGUAAGUAUCGGCAAUCUGCGGAAGCUAGGACACUUCGCAAAACCGGAGGUCAAAGUUAACUUUCUCAAACCCAACUUAAAAGUCAGUCUUUGGAAAUCGGACAGUAGCCUGGAAACCAUGGACAGCGCAGGUGUGAUGGACAGCAAGGACCAGGUGGGCUCUGAUGGUGAGGUGUCCUCCGACGAGGACUCGUAUCACUCUGACGAAUUCCUGACCAAUUCCAAGUCUGACGAAGACGGGCAGCUUGCCAAUUCCUUAGAGAGCGUCGGGCAGGUAGACUACGUUCUACCCAGCUGUGGGAUCAUUGCUUCGGCGCCCAGGCUGGGCAGCCGAUCCCAGUCUAUCAGCAGCAGUGACAUCAGUAUUCCUGUUCCUUCUGAAGUGACUGCCACUCACAGAAGUGGACUGGGUGGUGAGUCACCUGUGAAGAAAAGCCCCUCUGCCGGCCACAGAAACAUACUGACUACUGGCUUUACCAAGCCCGUGGAUGUUUAUUGCCAGCGGUUUGCCCAGGAUGCCCAGAGCAAAACGGCCCAGCCAGCAGAAAGUGGGGCCAUUUCUGGGCAAACUCCGGGGGAAGGGAAUCAGGGGACCAGCCAAGUUUCUAAUGAGGAGACCCAGUCAGAAGCAGCGGUACCAACACCCUUGCGACCAUCUCAGUUAGAUGUGUCCCUUUCUGCAAAGGGCCCCCAGUUUUUGUCCAUUGAGUCAGUGCAUACGGUCGGCUCUCAGAAGACCCCAGGCUCUGGCUCUAGUGUGCUUGAACUUGAGAUGGGCCGUAAUGUAACGCCUUCCCCCUCCGAAGGCAGUAGCAGCAGGGUGGUUUCUCCCUUUGCGAAGAUCCGAAGUUCCAUGGUCCAGGUUGCUAACAUCACCCAAGCUGGACUAACCCAUGGGAUCCACUUGGUGGCCAAAGUCCAGAAGAGUCCUGCAGAGCCCGAAGUGGCCAACGCAGCCCAGCAGAAUGAACUCAGACACAUGUUCACACAAUGCCAGACGCGUAUCAUUCAGAUUUAGUUUUCUGCCACCAAGAUUCCUGUGGCUUUUAUUUAACCCCAGGGGCGGUUCCCUGCCUUCGCCUGCUGUUCCUCGUACUGAUUCUAGGGAUCACGUAUUCUAAUUAUGUUUAGUAGAAAAGGUUUUAAAGGGAACCUGGUUCAGUUUCCAAGGUGCCUGCUAUGCGGUCUGAGCCCGCAGGUCUGAGGGGUACAUGCUGGCCGGCCCAUGUGUAAAAGUAAGCCGGGAGUCGAGUGGGUCACUGUGGGCAGAAGCUGGGCCUUUUGGAAGCAGUGGAUGGUGUGGAGUAGACAGGACAGGUGGGCGCAGGUAGACGUGUCUGGGAUUGGUGUUUUUCUGUUGGUUUUGUCAGUCAGUUGACUCUGUAGCGCCUCUUAACAAGGUAGGUAGCACAGUGCAUUUUAGUGAUGACGGUACUGGCAUCGAAGAGCAUUUGCAGACAAGCGUGCUUGGUUGUGCGUGGACAGAGUUCCCUCCAGUCUGCUCAUUGAACUCUCCAGACCCAACUGACAGCAUUCCGGAACCAGCACCCCGCCCCAGUCCAGGAGUGUCCCCACUCCCGAGUGGAGCCAAGCUGACCUGAGCACAUUAGCUGUGUAGACCAACCUAUUAAAAUGCAGCCCUGCCAUCUUCAGGGAGGCAGCAUGCACACUGGCAACUGGCAGUUAUACAAAGGAACUUCUAAGUGUGAGUCUCCAGGGCACGUUCCCCAAUAGCUUGUGUAGACAAUUAACAGCGGUAGGGAAUUGGGGCCGAAGCCCAACUGUGCUCACGCUGGUUCUGUGACCAGCAUCUUGACCCCACCCCCGCCCUGCAUCCCAACAGGUCUCCAUGGGUCUGGUCUGCUAGGGCCUUCCUGUUUGAAGUGACUCUCAGCUGAACAUUGUGUCUGUGGUGCCUUUGUUAUUUAUUAGUCGCACCUUUAUUUGAAGUGUCAAAUCCUGUGACUAUUUAAAAUAAAACACCCUUGUGACUUUCCCUGCGAA